CGAAAACUGAUAGUAGCCACGAGAACAUUAAUAAUAAUAAUAAUACUACGUGUAUUUCGUUGUCGGCUUUGAUAGCAUCUAAUAAUAUGCAAACGUACUUGCUGCAGCGUUCGUACGCCUCUGAUAACCACUGCGCUGCGAACGGUGAUCGCGGUGAUCACGGACUUCUGUCGUCGUCGUCGUCGUCGUCGGCGGUUAUUAAUUAUGAAUUUGCGUUUUUCGUGAAGCCCGGGCACCGCGUCAACGCCGGGACAUGAUUUUGUAUGCUUUGAUUCUUAGAAGCCGGGACCUCCUACCGCUGACGUCCACCACCAAUUACCAGUGCAGCAAUGGAGAGAGUGCCAUCGACUUGAAAUUAAUCAACAAAAUCGUCAAGAACGUACUGAAGAAAACCGAUCCGCCUAAAAACAAAUGUUUCCUACGGUUAAAUGACAGGAUCUACUACUUUUUACCAUGUUUAAAUAUAAUAUGCAUGGCAAUGUGCAUUCCUUCAUAUCCUCAAGUAUUAGCCUACAGCUUUUUAGAAGAGCUAGCUGGAGAGUUUACAAAAAAAUAUGACCGUCAUAAAGUUGAUCAAGCAUUAAGGCCUUACAAUCUCAUUGAAUUUGAUACUACGAUACAUCCUAUCCAGCAAAUGUAUAAUAAACCACAGCAACUAACUUCAAGAAUUAAUUUGGCUGAAAUUACUCGUGAUAUUACAUUAGAUCCUCCUCAAGAAGUGUUUAUUAUUGAAGAAAACGAUAAUAAAACUCAUGCGCCACGAGUUAUUCCUCCUACAGUUAGAGUUGGACCUCUGCCUACUUUAGAACCAUUGUCUUUCAUUGACAAAACAUCUUUAAUCUUUACUGUUUGUUUAAUUUUUUAUAGUCUUGUGUCAGUUAUGGAUAUGUGGAGAAGUUGGUCAAGUGAGGAAGAUGAGUCUUUGGAUACUGGUUGGCUUCACUUUUGUAGUAUUCUCUUCCGGUUAGCUCAAAUGUAUGUGCUUACACACAAACAAAUGCAUAGAAGGAGAAAAGGAUGGUUAUUGUUUUUGACGUUAUUAGGUAUAGAUUGGUUUCUGUAUUUUAAUGAUGAACUUUGGGCGGUGAUACUAGUAUUUGUCAUUACUACGUUGACUCACACAUGCAUACUUAGACGGAAAAUCGCCAUCAAGUUACCACAGUAUCAGAUUUGAGUGUACAUUAGUUACACUGAUUACAGAUAUUUUUAUUCAAAUAAAUUUUGUAAUAAAACUUUUUUGUUCAGUACAAAUAAAUAAACUAUUUAUGUUGGAUAGAUAACAACCAUUCAUGUGUCUAAAUUAAAAAAAAAAAUGUACUGUUUUUUCUAUAAUUAUUUUUGUAUAUGAAUAAUCAAGAUUA